CUCAAUUUUUCCUUUCCUACAAACUUUUGACAUUCGCAUUUGCGACACUGUUUUCGCGUUCUUUUUUCCCCUAUCCCCAAAAUGGUGCGCACCCCGUGGGUCGGCGGCAACUGGAAGUGCAAUGGCACUGUCGGAUCCAUCACGGACCUCUGUGGCGAAUUUGGGAAGACUGAGUUCGACCCAAAAACUAUUGAUGUUGUAAUCUUUCCUCCUGCCCUGCAUGCGCCGUUGACUCGCGAGAAGCUCCCGAAAAAGUACCACGUCGGUCUCCAGAACUGCUCGAAGACCCACAAUGGAGCGUUCACCGGGGAGAUCAGCGUGGAAAUGAUCAAGGACUUCGGUCUGCGUUGGAUUCUGGCGGGACACAGCGAGCGCAGACAGUACUACGGGGAAUCCGAUGAAGUUGUGGCGGAGAAGGUGAACAUCAUUCUCCAGGAGAAAGACCUCAACGUUGUGCUCUGCGUCGGCGAGCAACUGAAGGACCGUGAGGCAAACAAGACGAACGACGUCGUUGACGCUCAGCUCGCGGCAUGCCUUCCUAAGAUCUCCGACUGGGACCGCGUUGUCAUCGCCUACGAGCCCGUGUGGGCCAUCGGUACUGGCAAGGUGGCUACUCCGGCCCAGGCUCAGGAAGUCCACGAGCAUAUCCGCGAGUUCCUGAAGGCUAAAGUCAGCGAGGACGUUGCCAACAAAGUGCGAAUUGUGUACGGCGGAAGCGUGAACGCGUCCAACAGCACUGAGCUGAUCCUUCAGCCCGAUCUCGAUGGUUUCCUUGUUGGCGGAGCCUCCCUGAAGAAGGACUUUCUCGACAUUAUUGCCUCUGGCAUGAAGAAGAACGAGUAAAGCUCCCACAAUAUCGUUCCCAGUCUGCUCGUUCAGUCGCUGGGCGAGAAGCUGGAAGGAUAUAAAAGCUCAGUCACGUCAGGAAUGUGGUGCACACCGGGUGGGAAGGCUGACGAAAAAGACAGUUGUAUUUGCGCUUCCUGUGGCAGAGAACCCGGCAACGGAGCAAUCCUCGUGUUGUACACCAGAGUGUGGCCACGUCCAGAGAGACUUUUCGGAGAGCAUUAGUUUUGUUGUUAACUCCGUUUUUUUGCCACACUGAGCUUCUCACAGAGAGAGAGGAAAAGAAGGAAGAAACACAAAUUGUUUUUUAACGAUGCAUGGGCAAAGCGGUGUCGCUUUCACGGUUCGUCUCCGUGGCGUUGCAGGCACACCUGACAGGAAUACAUCUGCUCGUUUGCCUGUGAUAUCACAGGACGUUACGUCUCUAACUCCACAACUCGCUUCAAGUUGCGUUUUUUUGUUCCAGCAGAGUGCGUCAGUAGACAGUGACGAGGGAAACGGCACAAAUUGCGGGCCGUGUGCCCAGUUUGAAUGCGUAAACGUCGACACGCACCUCAGGAACUCUACCACCUAAAUAUCGCGUUCCACGUUUUUUUCCAAAAUGCAAUCACGCGAGGACAAUAAUGCAAUGAAACCGCGUCUUCGCGCGAACAAACGCACAUUUGGUGCUGUCAAGUUGUGUUGAAACGCAGCAUCCCAAAAUAUUCGGUUGAGCAUAAAGCUCACAUGAAAAAACGGAAUGACUAUAUAGGACGGCGGUGCAGACACACAUGUUUCAGUAGAAGUGCCCAGAGGAGCCUCAAGUGUCGCUAGUCCUUUUACGAACUCAACGCGCCACUGCAGAGCAAUACCAUUUGGCCUGCUUCACAAACGCUGUCGGGAAAGCGGGGUCAAAUACUUCACGAGCGCCAGCAGCUGUGGAGUGCUGUUUGCCGUGGAACUUAUAUGCAGCAGAUUAAGUAUAGAUGCAGCAAACGCGGUUGUUUUCCCUUUUGUUUCUUCCAGAGGACUCGUGGACGAGCAGGUGCCUGCAGCUGAGAGUCCAGACCGAAGUCCUGUUUCCAAGAAAGCAGGAAAGACAUUUUUCGCGAAGCUUCGUUGCGCCAAGAAGGAGUAGCCUUCAGGGUACAGGCUGCAAAGCCUUGUCUGAUACAGAGCAGAACGGCAACCGCGUGUCCGCCGGUCUUUGCCAAACACCAUGCUAAGUCAAGGAAGACACCCUUCAAAAUAUAUGACCCUUUCGUUUCUCUUAUCGGCGUUUUGAUAACUGACGACAAGAACUGUCAUGCGCUAUCGAAGCCAAGGUCAUUUUUCACCAUAUGUUGAAAUCUGUGCUAAGCCCCUUCUACAGAACUCUGGGCACACCCAGGGUGAUGCAUAUCCCCUC